UGUCACUGGCAGACAACCCACAGAAAGCCGGUGUGUUUUACUGGACGUCUGGAAGAAAAAAAAGAUCUAUGGCCCUCGGAGGGAUGAAACUAUCAAGUAUAUGCUGUCUGCUUUUGUAUUUAAUAGCGACAGUGCUUGCUGGGAGGGAUUUCUAUAAGAUCCUGGGGGUCAGUAAAUCGGCAUCAAUCAAAGACAUCAAGAAGGCUUACAGAAAACUUGCACUGCAGCUUCAUCCCGACCGAAACCCAGAUGACCCCAACGCCCAGGACAAGUUUGCAGAUCUUGGAGCAGCUUACGAGGUGCUCUCAGACGAGGAGAAAAGGAAACAAUACGAUGCUUAUGGAGAGGAGGGAUUGAAAGAGGGCCAUCAUGGCUCCCACGGGGAUAUAUUCUCCAGUUUCUUUGGGGACUUUGGGUUUAUGUUUGGUGGAAACAGACAGCAACAGGACCGCAACAUUCCAAGGGGAAACGACAUUGUGCUGGAUCUUGAGGUGACGCUGGAAGAAGUUUAUUCUGGAAAUUUUGUAGAGGUGGUGCGAAACAAGCCCGUCGCUAAGGAGGCUCCGGGCAAAAGGAAAUGCAACUGCCGCCAGGAAAUGCGAACCACGCAGCUCGGGCCAGGCCGCUUCCAGAUGACGCAGGAAGUAGUCUGCGACGAAUGCCCCAACAUUAAGUUGGUGAAUGAAGAGAGGACACUAGAGGUGGAGAUAGAGCAGGGGGUAAGAGAUGAGAUGGAGUACCCCUUUAUUGGCGAAGGUGAACCUCAUAUCGACGGAGAGCCUGGAGAUCUUCGGUUCCGUAUCAAAGUCUUAAAACACCCACUGUUUGAGCGCAGAGGUGAUGACCUGUACACCAAUGUGACCAUCACUCUGGUCGAGGCCCUGGUUGGCUUUGAAAUGUACAUCACACAUUUGGAUGGCCACAAGGUUCAUAUUGUUAGGGAUAAAAUUACCAGGCCUGGAGCUCGGAUCUGGAAGAAAGGGGAAGGACUUCCCAACUUCGACAACAACAAUAUUCGUGGAUCCCUUAUUGUCACGUUUGAUGUGGACUUCCCUAAAGAUCAGCUCAGUGACCAGCAGAAAGAUGGUAUCAGGCAACUUUUGAAACAGGCUCCAUCUCAGAAGGUUUAUAAUGGCUUACAGGGAUACUGACACACCAGCCAGCAAAAUCAGGACUGAUUACCCUGUCCCGUUUUGUACACAGUACACAAACGUGUGCCGUCUGUCAAGCACAGAGAAACAAGCAUUUGGGGUUUAUUUAUUUUUUCUUAGCCUGUACUCAGGAUGUGUGGGUUUUUAUUUUUCAUUUGGGAUUUUUUUUUUUUUUAUCUGUUUUUCUUGAAGUGUGGUUAUGGAAAGCAGCAAUUUAAAUUUUAUUAAAUGUUUUCAUGUUCAUCUUUUUUUUUUUUUUUUUCAGUUUUUGAUUAACAUUUUUCCAGGCAUUUCUGAUUUAAGGGUUUUUCAGUUAGUUUGAAUAGACAGUUAAUAUCUUUUCCGUCGGUCACCCACUACCCAGUCAUGGAGCAACACUCUACAGCAGGCAAAAUUGCCACAAAGGAAGAUGGAGACUAUAUGAAAAUGCCUGCCUUGCCACUGAACUACUCUAUUCAUAUUAUUUCAGAAAGACUUUACAUGAAUGUAUGUUUAUUUUUACCUUUUCAUUCAUUAAUAUUCCUUAGUGUUUUCCUUUUUUUGGUCAUGCCUGUUGCGUUUUCAUCCUGCCCUCUCUCCCUCGUUGGACUUGUCCUCAUGAGGCAUUUUUUGUUGCUAUGGGGAUCAGGGGCAUUUUUUCCCUGCAUAUGUCCAGACAUCACCUUCCUUCCACAGUCCUUUUGACAUUCAAACCUCUGUGUACUAUUAGCAGUCACCCUCUUGAAUGUGCCGGUUAGAUGCCUCUACUCAGAAAGGGACUACUGUUCUGACCUUGUUCAGAUGCCCAGUGCGAGGACAGUAUAUGAAAGUUUCGAAUGAAGUGCUCAAAAUAAAAGUUUCUAACGAUGUUUCAAACUGA